UUGUAUAACUCGCGUCCUAUUAUUAUUACUUUAGCAUAGGAGAAGAUAGGUUAAAACAAAAUGCAAACUUUUUAUUUAGAAAUCAAAGGAAAUUUUAGGUCAAUUUUAUUGUUCUGUAAUUAAGUGUAUAGUAUUACUGUAACAUUCUCCCAUACAUAGUGGUUGGAUAUGGCAGAAGAUGGAAGUUGUGAACCUAACAUAGAAAUAUACUAUUGUCAUGGUAAAGUUCUAAUUUGGGACCAAAGUGUUGUUUCUUUUAUUCGAAAAAAACACCGGAUUGUAGGUAGCAAUGUCGGUUGCCUCACAACCAAACCAAGACAGAAUGCUCAGUUUGGGUUACCACUGCAGUUGACCAAUAUAGAGGCAAAAUAUUUACUAGAGCAUUGCAACGCUUGCUUAUUGGAUUCUUCUGUUUUCCCUCCUUAUGUUGAUUUAGAAGAAGAAGCAGAAAAGUCCAAGAGGAAACUGCAGGAGCAAUAUGAAAUCCAAACCAUCUUGAAACAAAACUUAAAAUUGGAUGAGAUAAAGAAUAUGAAAGGCCUGAUUAAGAAUGGUAAAAUAUCAAAACAAAAACAGCGAAAAAUGAUAAGUGAAGAUAAAGAAUUGAACAAACAAGAUGGGACAAUAACCGAAACCAACUCAGAAGAGGUCUUUAAUGAAAAACAGUUCAAACAAUUUGCUGAGUCCGAGUUAAAAAAAGUUGAGCGCUAUGGGCAAGAACAAACUUGGAUAAAAAUGGAACAUAAAAGUAAAUUCUCAUCUUUUAUGCAGAAAAUUGAUCAUACGAAAAUAAAACUCACAGAAGAGGAAAGCAAACUUUAUCUGAUAUUUUGUGACUUGCACAAUCAGGGCUAUUUUCUAACAGAUGGUGUUAAGUUUGGUGGAAACUUUCUUGUGUACCCAGGGGAUCCUGGUUUAUACCACUCUACUUAUAUUUUAUUACAUAUUCCUUAUGAGAAAGAAAUUUCGGCAACUGAAUUUGCAACUUUUGGACGAUUAGCUAGUAGCGUUAAAAAGACUUUGUUAUUAGCGUCAAUCGACAAAGAAAAUAAAGUUGUUUAUUCUUCUAUGUCAUGGUCUGGUAUUGUUUAAAGUUGUAUUUAAAACUUUUUAAAGUAUUUCUAAUUUAAAAAUUGCAUAUUUGCAUCGAUUUAUGGGUACAUUUUGCCUACAAAAUUAUAUUAUGAAAUAAACAAUAUUCAGUAAA